AUCAAGCGAGCGAACCAGCAGAGCAAACGGUGAUGUGUGUGCUGAUUGGUGAAAAAGUGACUAGACAAAAUUUUCUCGUCUACCUACAAGAGUUUAAAGCAGUCUGCUGAUUCAUGAGAAAAACAGAAAAAUCUGUUCGCGACGUGUAGAAACCAACAAAAUAAAGCGAUAAAUCUUGUGCGUUGUUGUCUGCGGACAGCACGAUCACAUCAGUUUUUUACGGAGAAAAACGAACAGUCGAAGAAGAAAAAAUCGAAUUCUGUUGCGUCGGGAACAAAAAUCUUUAGGUUACUCGCCUUCCGUAUAUUUUCAUCGUCUCGGCGAAACGACAAAAAGCAGCGAAAGAAAGUGCGACGAGCGAGCACUCACUCGUACAGUGAAAAACAAAAGGCUUUGUGUUUGCCUAUUUUCUCGUCGUGGGACAGCGAAGAAAAACGGCCUCUAAAGUGGAAGUUCAACAAGCAAAGAGGAAGCAGUCCGAUAUGGAGCUCACACCGGAAGAAAUUCGAGCGAGACGUUUGCGGAAGCUGGAAACAGGAAGUAGCAGACCUCUGUCCGUACCAACCGUCAACGUCCUGGAUGGUGGUCAACAGCCGGAGCCCCCCAGCCAAGUUGUUCCCGUGGCAUCGGCUCCCAGCGAGGAAGUUAAUGUGAAAAAGGAGAACAAUUCCGACAGUGGACGUCAACCGAUUCCUUCCAACGUCAGAGUAUUCGACUACAGAGAUAUGGAAACGGAUUCCGAUACCAGUGACGCUUUUGCCAGCAUUUCUUCGCGUGCAACCGCCGCCUCGGGCGCAAAUGAGAAACGUAAUGUCCGUUCGCGUCACCCGAUUCAUGAAACUUUCCUUCAUCCGCUGGAGGUCGAACGAUUGAUACCACCAUUCAAUGGCAAAGACGGAACCGAUGUACACUUUCAAAUGGCGAAACGCAUACGAAUGAAAGGCGAAGACGAAGAAAGCUACGUAUACGACAUGCAGCGCAUUGCGAAAGAAGGUCGCCUAUCAGAGGAAGCUGUCAUUUCUUACGUCAUUCGAAACAUCAACGAUGACAAACUACAAGAGCACCUGAUGUCAAAAGAACUGUAUACAGUGGACGGGCUCAUCGCUUGUUUACAACGUUAUCUUCGCUUGAGAGCUGUUGUCAAUACACGGUAUAAUGUCCAACGGAAGGAUGUCGUCAAGACAUCAUCAUUGAAGAACAAUGAACAGAAGGAUAAUACGGAAGAACAAAGCGACGAGCAGACCCCAGUUCGACGAUGCUUCAACUGUAACGAAAAAGGACAUCUAUCAGCGAAGUGUCCGCUACCCCAGAGAAAACCUCGUUGUACAAAAUGUGAAAAAGUGGGUCAUCUCGAUGCAGACUGCGUCGCUACGACAACACCUACAACACCGAAACCAACGCUUGAGGCGCCGCAAGUUAGGUUUAUGCAGGAAAGUGGUCCAGCUAAGGACACAAUCAUCACCACAGAGCCUUACAUCUUAAAAGUGGACGAAGGAAGUCGUCGAACAGUAAUGAUUCUCUUUGGUACUCGAUGCAGUACGUUUGACGUACUUUUGGAUCUCGGAUCCCCGGUAAGUCUGAUCAAAGGUUCAAUGUUGCCAUCUGAUUUUGACUAUUCCCUGAACGUACCGCCUGGAGAUAUACUUGGAAUUAACGGCACGCGUUUAAAGAUGUACGGAUCAUUUCGAAGCUCGAUCAUUGUUGGAAAUCGCGUUUUUAGUACUUGUCUCGUUGUCGUACCGGACGACACGAUCUCGGAAGGAGUCAAUGUCCUCUUGGGCCGAGACUUUAUAAAUGUGUUUAUCGACGAUAUACUAAUUAGUAGCGAUACCAUCGAAGAACAUUUAGAUUUAUUGCCGUCCGUUCUUAAAACGUUAAGUGACAACCACAUUAAGCUACAAUUGGAAAAGUGCUCUUUUCUAAAGACUACCCUCGAUUAUCUCGGGUACAACAUAACCUACAACUCGAUUAGUCCUAGUGACCGUCACAUAGAUUCCGUACACUCUAAUCCGAUUCCCGUUAAUGUACAUGCACUUCACCGCAUCGUAGGGCUUGUUAGCUACUUUCGCAAAUUCAUACUGAACUUUAACAAGAUAGCGCAACCGUUGUAUGAAUUGCUGAAAAAGGAUGUCCAGUGUAGGUUUGAAGACAAGCAUUUAGUUGCGUUUGAAGGACUGAAGGCUUGUUUGAUCAGAAAACCGGUACUCGCAAUCUAUUCGCCGUAUUUGGGGGUAUUUUGCUCCAACGCCAAGAGCAAGACAUUCGAAUACAUAAUAGAACACCGUCCUGGUGAGCGUAUGAAGCAUGUAGAUGCACUGAGUCGCGUUAACAUAUUGCUUCUUGAGACCGGUGAGAAAUCGGUUAAUGAUUUGUUUUCUAAUACGAUCUACGUGGCGCAGCUUCAAGAUCCUAGUAUCCAGAAGAUCAAGACUGCCAUUCUGAAAGGAGAGUUGAAGGAUUACGAGUCAGAUAUCCUGGAAGGUAUUAACACAAACGUUGAUCGUGACCUCGAGAAAAUUAGGAACGAAGCGGAGGAAAAGAUCAAACAGCUGCAGAAGUACAACAAAUUAAAGCACGAUGAAAAAUGCAAGCGUAACACGGUGUAUCAAGAAGGUGAUUUAGUUGUUAUUAGGGCGGUAAAAGUGCCAAGAGAAAAUAGCAAGCUUAAAGCCAAGUAUAGGGGGCCGUAUCAGAUUCGAAAGGUUCUCGACAACAACAGAUACAUUGUGUCGGAUUUGGACGGAUAUCAGGUGACGAGCACGCACUUUGAUGGUACGUUUGACCCUCUUAAUCUAAGGCUGUACCGCCAGGCAGUUAAUCGUGAAGGACCCGUUUCUUUCGCGUUGAGUUGUUCAUCGGACGAAUCAGACUUUUACAGUAUUUUUCUCUCUGUUGCAGUGCCCAGUUCGACAUCCUCCAAUGUCGAAACGAACAACGGCGAUGCCGAAUCAGCCAACAGUACCAGUGGUAGCGGUGAAUCUCCCACCAAGAUGGAAGAGGACGUUCCACCAGUGAUCGAAGCUACCAGUCAGGCUAUCGGCAGUCUGGAAGCGCCACCGAACUCCGAGGACAAGAGUCGUGAUGAGGCAGCGAGCCGCGAGGAACUGCAACAGAUUGCGUUUCGCAUCAUGAAUAUCAACAGCCAAAUUCGUUACUCAGAUCCUCGAUUCUGCAUAGAUGGCGCGGUAAUAGAGAGUGCCAUGGAAGCACUGGAUGCAAAGAAUUAUCGCGAGUUUUGUGCAGAAGUGAUUACCGAAGUGGUGAAGGAUUUCUACGAAGGAAAACUAAUCGAUGCCGGUGGUAGUGGUGCAUCCCUCUCGGACGGUUGGAGUAAUAUUCCACCGAAGAAGGUGAGACCAAUCGAUAUCGAUGAUGUGUUGAAGCGGAGCGGAAGUGGUAGCUCGGCAAUGGAAAUCGACAACGAGAUAGGGCUAUGUUCGUCGAAGCCCACCAUAAAGGCCUUUAGCUCGAAUCGUGUAGCGGCGUUAGACUAUCUCAUCAACUGCUACUGCCGAGCGAACGACGAAGUGUACAGCUAUACCAAAAUCAAAAAAAGUAAGAAAAUGUAUUUGGCUGAGAUUCUGCCCGAAUUGGCCGCAGUCAUCCGACAGCAAACGCUCAAGUAUGCAAUUCUAUUGACAAAGAAUCGUUUCCAAAAUUUUGCCCAAAUUGAUAACCCCGCUAAGUUGAUACUGGAGAAAUCGCCACUGCUUCAGUUGAUGUACGAGAAUAAGGUCCCAUCAGACUUUCUGACAAGCCUGAUGGCUGAAUCACGUAAAAAAGAAACCGAUUUCGAAGACAUCUUCACCAUCGUACUCGACGAUCUGUAUGUGGACAUGCAAAACGCGAUCUGCAACGAAAACAUAGUCAGUGAUGCGUUAAAUCGGCUCAAGGAGCUGGUAGAAAUAAAGGUGGAAAAUACGAAUCCAAUAUGCAAUCUGAUUGUGAAACACGUCGUUUUCCUGCCAAGACUGACACUAGACAAGUACGCUGCCAGAGAAAUAUCCAAGGUGUCCUUCUUGGCACCUUUUCUGUCACUUUCGGUGCUACUAGACGAGAACCCAAAAUUUGCUACGCAUCACUUUUUGGAAAACGUUUGCGACCGAACUUUAGCGGCCUCUUUCCAAUCACUGCUCGGCAAUACCCGAAAGGUAUUGCAUCAAAUAUUUCUCUCUCUGCUGACCAACUUGGACAGUCGUCAGGAAGUACUUAAAUAUGUUUCGGAGAUUCUAAAGACGAACCACAAACGAAUUCAGUACAAUGCUGACGAUCGGUUUCUGGCAAAAGACGGUUUCAUGCUAAACUUUAUGUCCAUUUUGCAACUGUUAUCAGUUAAAAUCAACAUGUCUAGAAUAGAUCCGUUCUAUCCGCAUCACCCGGAAGCCUUGAUUGAUAUCGAAGACGAAACUAAACUGAAACUUUCAUCCCAAGAGUAUAAUGACUGGCUAGAGAAACUACAGUCGGAGAAAAAAUGGGAAACCCCGAAGUUUGUCACCCAUUGUUGGUUCCUGACACUACAUGCCCAUCACCUGGGAAUCAUCCCGGCGAUUCAACGUUACAAUAAGCUGCUGCGAGCUACCAAAGAACUGCAACGAAUGGUCGAUGAGCUAAAUUCCAGCAAGAGUCAGUGGGAGAACACUCGACUCGCUCGCAGAAACAAUCAAGUCCGGGAUCGUUGUGUCAAUCAGAUUAACAAGCUCUCCAAGGCAAAGCUCGGUUGCGAUAUUGCCGUCAUCGAUCCGAAUGUGUUGGGUGCCUGCAUGCAGUUCUAUUCGUCUGUUUGCGAAUACAUGCUGUACCAGAUCGAAAACAGACCUAUCGAAGGUCUAUUCGUCAACAAACAACCGCCUUCAACGUUGGUGGCAAGUGAGAAUUUCUGCUCCCUGCCCGAGUGGUACAUCGAAGAUAUUGCCGAUUUCAUUUUGUUCUGCAUGCAGCAUAGCAUUGAAGUGGUCGAUUUCGUGGACAAUUCGGUCAUCACCUGGAUUUUGACGUUGGUAUGCGCACCGCAUCUCAUCAAAAAUCCCUACAUCACUGCCAAGUUGAUCGAGGUUCUGUUUGUGACCUCACCAACAAUUCAGACGACAUCGCAGCGUCUCUAUCUCCAGAUUAUCAACCACGAGCUGGCCCAGACGGCCCUGGUAAGUGCCCUUAUGAAGUUCUACACCGACAUCGAAACUACCGGCCAAAGCACCGAGUUCUACGAUAAAUUCACCAUCCGCUACCACAUCAGCCACUUGUUCAAGGGACUCUGGGAUAGUGUGGCCCAUCGACAGGCCAUCGUGAAUGAGUCGAAAUGUGGCAAGCAGUUUGUCAAGUUUGUUAAUUUCUUCCUGAAUGAUACCACAUACUUGCUGGACGAGUGCUUAGAGUAUCUGAAACGAAUCCACGAAACGCAGGUACUGAUGAUGGAUGAAGCUGCCUGGAGUGAGCUCGGCCAGGAAACGCAGCAAAGUCGUCAGCGGCAGUUAGUACAGGAUGAGCGACAGUGCCGAUCCUAUUUGACGUUGGCAAGAGAAACUGUGGACAUGCUACACUAUCUUACAAUCGACAUCAAGGAGCCCUUCCUACGACCCGAGCUAAUUGAUCGUCUAAGUUCAAUGUUAAAUUACAACCUACAACAAUUAUGCGGUCCAAAGUGCAAUGAUCUGCGUGUACGUAACCCUAUGAAAUAUGGCUGGGAACCGCGAAGACUACUCAGUCAACUGAUUGACAUUUAUCUUCACCUGAGUUGUGAUGAAUUUGCCGCUGCGCUAGCUGCCGAUGAGCGAUCCUUUGAACGACAUCUCUUCGAAGACGCUGCUAACCGGCUAGAACGAAUGGGUAUCCGAACUACGAUGGAAGUGGAUAAGUUCCGAAAGCUGAUUCGUCAAGCUGCCGACAUUUAUGUACAAAAUCAACAAAAUGCGGAUGAGUUUGCUGACGCACCGGAUGACUUCAAGGAUCCUCUGAUGGACACGCUGAUGAUCGACCCAGUGAUACUGCCUUCCGGGACCGUCAUGGACAGGUCUAUUAUAACGCGGCACCUGCUGAACAGCAAUACAGACCCCUUCAAUCGACAAACGCUCACGGAGGAUAUGCUCAUACCGGCCACGGAGCUCAAGGACCGCAUCGAGCAGUGGAUCAAAGAUUACCGUGCGAAGAAGAAACAAUAAGACUUGAAGUUUUAUAUAGAAGCAGAACCUUUUUUUCUAGGUAUCGAUCGCUAUGUGACAGAGGGCAAAAACUCAAAUACUGAAUUUAAAUGCUAGAACGGAUAUACAUAUAGACGUAUUUAUAUAAAUAGUACUAAGAUAGGAUUUUCACAAAAUCGUUCGUCCUUUCUAUCGCUAGCGAAAGGUUGCUGCUGGUGGUUGCGCUAUUAUUUUUUCGUUAACUUAUGAAUGAAUUAUGAAUCACGAUUACGAAUAGCUGUCGAAGUCUUUUUGGCUGCUGAAGGAACAACUUCCAUUCUUUGUUCAGUGAUGCAACCAAAGACUGAAAAUCUCAUAGUCGAAACGAAGCCACUGCAAUAAACAAACUCGAACCAUUUUAUCUCUAUAGUUUUUUUUUAUUAAAUAAUUUUGGUUCGUCUGGUUCGUUAUUUUUGCUGCUGAUAACAAUAGAAAGAAAGAAGCGAGUUGAUGGGAGUGAAUUGAUGGGUACCCCGUUUCUGAACAAUGUAGCGUGCAUAAGCAAAUAGUACUCUUAAUAAAAAUCAAUAAUAAAAUUA